CCCACCCAAUUCCCCCAUUCCAAAAUCACAAAGCAAAAUCUUUCCAUAUAACCUAGGGUUCGUGUCUUUCCUAAAAUUCAUUCAAUUUCAACCCUUUCCAUAUCCCCAUAUGAAACCCCCAAUUACACACCAAAUCAAACUCUUUUCCCUCUAAUUUUUCUGGGUUUCAUAUAUAAAUAAAUAAAGUUUCAAUCUUUCUUGAUUUUAUAACAUGUUUGAUUUUUCUUUCCUUCAAAAUCUUCGUGUUCUUGGACCAGGAUUGAAUCCGUUUGCUCCUUACAACAUGGGUAAUCAUUCUUGCCGUUAAAGUUAGGAUCUUUUCUGCAAUUUAAGUAUAAUUAGGAUUUUUAUUGUUUUGUAAGGAAGUUAUAUACAAAGAAAGUAAGCUUUUUUGUAGUGGGGUUUGAUUUGGGGGUGUGUUUGGGAAGUGAAAAAGUGAAUUUGGGUUGCUUAAGGAAGGAAGAAGGAUGAGUCAAGAUUUGUCGGUUGGUUCGAAUGGGGAACGAAAGCGAAUUAGGCGGUCCAUGAGUGAUUUGAAUGAUAGAGAUGAUAGAGGGUGGACUAUGCUUCAUGUUGGUGCCCGAAAAGGCGAUCUUAAAGUGGUGAAAAGGCUUCUUAAGGAAGGAAUGGAUGCAAACGUGGCUGCAUUAGGCCCUAAAUCACAUGGGGUCACCCCACUUCAUCUUGCCGCUAAGGGUGGUCAUGUAAAGGUUAUGGAUAAACUUCUUGAGCAUGGUGCUAAUAUCGAUGCUCGAACCAAAGGAGCUUGUGGCUGGACUCCACUCCACACCGCUGCAAAGGAGAGAAACAGGAGGGCAAUCAGAUUUCUAGUUGAAAAUGGGGCAUUCUUGCCAGAUAACAUCGAAGACACCAGGUUCAAUCCACCAGUCCAUUACUGCCAUGGUCUUGAAUGGGCUUAUGACGAGAUGAAGCGUGUUCAACAAGAGAGUGGCUCAUCAUCAGGCGAGGGGUCCUACAGCUCUGACAGCUAAAAUUGCAUUUCUGUUUGUUUAUGUUGUUUGCUGGUGUGUUUGUUGAACAUGACUCAUUGUUUAUGAUGGUGAUUUGACUUAUGGUUGUUUCUCUUGAACUUGAGUGCUAUUGUGCUACACAAAUUGGUAUUGUAAGGUUGGUUUUAAUAAAUGAUCAUAUACUCUGUUGA